AUGGAGUACUGUUCGCAAAGCCUACGGAAUAUUCUGCAAAUCAAACCGCGAGUAUUUGGCCGUCAAUUAGGAGAUUCCAUGAAUUCCUACGAGUACUUCAUAUCGUGUGAAAUAUUUCGGGAACUCCUACAGUGUGUCCAGUAUUCGCAUGAAUUGAGUCCACAGAUAAUUCACCGGGAUCUUAAACCGGAAAACAUCCUGAUCAGUUACGAUCCGAAACAUAAUCGAUUCGUUAAGUUAUGCGAUUUUGGCCUGGCUACUAUACACGACAAAGAUGCGAAUAGCUACACAGAAACCCAUUUAUUAUACCAAAAGGUACAUAAAUUGCAAAACCUAUUGCUGCUAAUGAUGUCGAGCCCGGUCAAACCAUAA